AGGUUACUUGAGGCGGCAUAAGCGAAAGUUGCCCCUGUUGAAGUUGGUACGGUGUGCAGUGGACAUGUACGUGUGAGUGAAGUACGAGUUCUUUAGUGUUGCACAGUGAGGUACCGCACGGCGUUAUAUGAUUGAUUGUGAAAUAAUUUAGUACUUCUAGUUUAUUGAAAUAUGGCAUUCAGCUUAACAUUUUUAUUGGUUUUUGUUGUGGCGCACUUAUCCGCUGAAGUUCCUCCAGUAGCAGUACCAAAACCCGUAGAUGAGUUCGUAUUCAUUCAAGCGUCGAAUAGUGGUGCUCGUCCAGUAGCUCGAAAAGAUAAACCCUCGUCGGAUGCUGAGGGAGCGUUUGAAACAGCACACAAACUUCCCCCAUAUAUAACAUAUCUUUUAAACGACAACGACACAGAUGCCGAUCAAGAUAGCGAAGUCGCCAGACAAAAACGGGGGGCCGUAUCACCCGCACCCGCUCCUCCAGGUUCCAUUAAAUUGGAUCCGCUAGCACUCCUGGAGAGGUACAAGCAGGAGUUAAGUUCGACUACGGUAGCCAUGACUACACCGACAACCCCCAAAAAAAGAACAAAAAAAGAAGCCAACCCAGCAACAACAGCUCAUCCUCGACCCGUUCUAACAUCAAGGGGACCACCUCCAUCACGUGGGAACACUAAAGAAAGCUCGCUUUCAACAAGUGAAAGCGAAAAGCAACGUUCUCGGAUACAAAUAAAAAAAGGACCAAAUGGUCAAGAGUAUGAAUACGAAUAUGUCUACUACUACUAUGACGAUGAUGACGAUAAAGACACUAAAGAAAAGGUAUAUAACUCUCACGAUGGCCCUGCGCGGGAGCAACAAGAAAAAAAUAACUACAGCAAGGAAGCAGCUUCCAACGAAAUUGUUCCCAGCAGAGGGCGAUCUCGUGGCCGUCAGUUAGAAGAUGAAGAUGUGGUUGGUGAAGACCGCCUGCCCCCAAGCACAAGAUUCCCGCCUAGAAGCAGAAAUUUUGCAACGACUCCAGUUUCGGAAGAAGAUCCCAAACCAACCACUAGAGGAAAGACUCGAGGAAAACCCUUAACUACGAUCCCCACCGCACCAACCGCAGUCAAUUCCGAAGAAAGUCAGAACUCGCGGGGUCGAACUCGUAAUAAUGUCCGAAGACCGUCUUUGGAACUUGUUGAUAGCGCGAGCUUCAACACUAAUUCUGGCGGGGCUGGGCCUGAUCCCGCAAGCGGAGGGCCAUCGUUCCCAUCAGACUUACCUGCUGGACCAGUUAGAUUUUUAGGAGCUACGCCCAAUGAACGCAUCGAAUUACACGAUCAUGAUAGAGCAUCUGUAAGUGCAGAAGUUUAUCCUGAAUCAAGCAUAACUACAACAAGUUCAGCCGAUUCUACGACAAUGACUAUAUCGCCAAUGGAUAAAGUGGCUUUAGAUUUGUAUGCAAUUCUUCAAGGAACGCAAAAGCUCUCGGGAGAAGACGAUAAUGACGAGAGCGGUUCCACUACCGACGGUUCUGAUGGUACAACCUCCCAAGGAACAACGGAUGUUCCCACGACUGAAUACGUAACAACGACUACCACGACAACGACCACCACCACCACAACAACGACCACUACACCCGCACCAACAACCACCCCUUCCGAAGCUCCAAUAGGCCGAGGUAGAUUCCGUGGAAAUGCAAACAAACGAAAACCUGCACAAUCUACAACGACAGCUGCGCCUGUUGAAGUGACUCCAGACACAAAGCCCAAGGGACGAUUUGGAAGGCCUUCAUUCAAUAGAGUUAGACCAGGCGCGAACAAAAGUACACCUGAACCCAACAACGAACCCAGUGUAACAAAGGAAGAAGUCAAACCUGUAAGCCGAGCAAAGCCUGCUGCAAGGCCUCGUUUUGGAAACAGAGGCAGACCCACAACUGAGGCAUCCGAGGAUGCCCACCACGAGGAGACCGUAAGCAGUACGACCAAAUCAACUGUAACUCGUCCACGAUCCAACUUUAACAUUCGAACAAGAAAUCGCAGUACGACCAGCGCCCCUCCUGAGGAAUCUCCCCAUACAUCCGACGACGCCCACGCGGAAGAAAACGCUAUCAGUACGCCUAAGCCGAGGGCCAGAAUAGUACCAGGAAAUAACGUAAGACCUCUAAGACCAGGACCAAAAAUUAGCAUAGGAAGGGGGCGAUUGUCAACGACGAGCACAGUCGCGCCUGAACCUGCAGCCGAGGAUCCCUCUCCCAAAGACUCGGAAUCCGAAGACUCUCCCAAAGAGGAGCCCACUACUCCUGCGCCGGUCGAGGACAAAAACCCCCUGCACCGAUUGCGUAAUCGACCUCGUCUCAGUCCCGCCGCGCCAGCUCAGCGGCCCAAGACGGCCGCCAGCACCCCCGUGCAGGUGAGACGAGUCAACCCUCUCGCGAACAGGAGAAGGCCGGGCGCUCCCGAACCGUCCACUACCGAGGCGGCCCGCGAACCCGAACCGACCGAGGAGCCCGCCUCCGACGACGAUGAAGAAGAAGCGCAAACCCAAGCGCCAAGUUCCUCCACUACCGAAGAACCUAAAGGACUAAAUAAAUUACUAGCCGGCCGACGAAGGUUAGCCCUUCGGCAGCCCGGUUCGCAAAACUAAACACGAAAAGUACCAUUUAUUCGUAAAUAGAGACUUUAAAUUUGAUAGCUGAUGAAGCACGUGAGUCAUCCAACUAUUUUAUCUGUCGCAUUUCCCUUUCUGAGUUUAUUCGUUGCUAACUGAAAUCUUCCAAAUUUAGGCUGGGUCAACGGACAACAAAAAUAUUUUUGGUAACGUUCCAUUAAUCCUCCAAUUGUUGUGUGAAAAGCACUCUUAGGUUGUGAUUGUUUAACAAUAAAUAUGAUUGAAUGAGUCAAAAGUAAUUAUAAGUGUGAUAAAUGUGUGGAGUUAUUUGAAUGAAAUGUAGAUAAAUUUUCCUAUCGCCUAAUUCUUUUUAAUGAAAACACCUAGGUAUUUGUAAUUUUGUAUAUGUUAUUUAAUGCAACUUUAGGUUCGUUAGUAAGUACCUAAUUAAUUAAAGCAGUCAGUCUUGCGAAUAUUUAAGUUUGAAAACAAAAAAUUUGAUGCCUAUGCAAUCCAUAAAACUUUACAUUGUACUAUUUUAGUUUUAAGCCAACGUGCAGGCCUGAAAUGUGCCAAUACCCAUGAUAUACUAGUUAUAUUUAUUAUUGUAUAGUUCCGUGAUGCUUAUUUGUAUGUUAUAUUAGGUGUAAUAAACAAUUUCUGAAAUU